AUGCGCACCCCUCGACUUUUUCUACUGGCACUGGCCAGAUUCUCGGCCGCCGUUCUGGCUGAGGAUACGUCCUUCAUCCGCGGCCAUCUAUCAGGACCUGUAGGAAACGAAUAUCCGGGAAACUUAGACUUGACUGCCCCAGAACGAUACCCUCUUCCCGGACCACAAUGCGGCAGCUGGGUGGGCAUCGAGGUAAUCUUCAUGGUUGAAGUCACCGAGGUCUGCCCGGAGGGGUCAACAGUGACCGAAACUCUCACCCAAUGCGUGGAAACGCUCACUCGUUCCAUCUGCGCAACGGAAACGACAAACCGUCCUUGCUAUCCCUGCAUUAUGGGCACGCCACCGCCGUCCGACACGGCUACAGUCACAGUCACCUCCUGCGCAACCGCAACCGACGAGACAAUGACAGUGACGGUCCAGCUCUGCGGCACCUGCUCAACCACCACCUACGUCGGCACCAUCCCGGGCUACACCCCCGGCGCGCCCUGCCACGGGUGCUCCCCAUACAGUAGCGGCGCGUCGUCGUCGUGUUCAGAAGAAAGCGGCUCAACAACGCCGGAGGUCACGACGACGACAACGUCAACCUCUACCAGCACCGUCAGCGCGUCGGGCUGUGACGAGUCUGGCGUGAGCUCCACUGCCACUACCACGCCUCCUGAUAACCCGUUUACCUCUUCGACGACGUCCACGACGAACACCCCCUACCAGCCUACUACUACGGGAGCACCUCCGGCUGUCACGGCAGGCGGUGUUCGGAUCGGGGCUGUUGGCUUUGCGGUUCAGGUAAAAUGUCUCGGUCUCUGUGUAAGCGACCAUAUGUGUGCCAAGUUCACUUUACCUAAUAAUCGCGCUCCGAUCUCGGGCCCGCGCGGGUGA